AUGAGAAAAGUUGGUGGAACAGAAUUAGUUAUAAUUGCUGCUGACCUGAAUGCCCAUGUUGGUGAUAGAAAAGAUGGAUUUGAAAGUGUGCAUGGAAGACAUGGAUAUAGAAAAAGAAAUAAUGCAAGAGAAAGAAUCUUUGAAAUUGCAGAGGCAAUGGAACCCGUGAUCAGUACGUGGUAUGAGAAAAGAGAAGAGCACCUAAUAACAUACAAAAGUGGACCAAAUAGAACUCAGAUUGAUCACAUGAUUAUGAGGAAGGCAGAUAUGAAGGUUGUUACUGACUGUAAGAGUAUUCCAGGCGAAGCAACAAUAACCCAACACCGAAUCCUAGUUAAAGGUUUGGAAAUUAAGAGAAAAUGA